AUGCUUGUCAAGAAGGUAACAAUCACCUACAAUGAUGGCUGCGACAUCCCAGAAUGUAAGGGCAGCAAUGGCACCUUCUACAAUCUCAUACACUUCCAUGCGAUAGGUCCUACAGAUACGAUACACCAUGUCUGGUGUUCUAUUGGAUCGCCAAGUGUGCUGGUCGCGAGAACAACGAAAACGGCGAUGAUGAAAGUAGAUUGGAAGAAUGCUAUCGCCAGGAAAGGAGGAGCAAUCACUUUCACCCCCAAAGAAGAUGUGCUUUCAGUCUCGGCAUUUGUCAUGUCAAGGUUAUUGGAGUACGAUGAUGAAAAGGACACAGCAGACAUCACCAAGGUCAACGUGACCCGGACAGUAGACAUAUCUGAUCUGAUGUGGACGAACGUUACCAUAAAUAGCACUGAAAAGAGCGCCCUCUUUAAGACAGUGCCAGGCAUGAAGCCAGCAACUGAUAAUGGAUCACUAGUUUUGAAGGUUCAAAGCCUUGGUGCUGAAGGCAGAAGCGAGAAUCUACCUCAUCUACAACAUAUGCCAAACACCACUGAAUUUUCGCUGAUCCUUGAUAACCUACAAAUGAACUACAUGAAGCCAAGGUUUGCAUUGGAGAUGCUCAUCGUGAGGGAUCAGCAAACUCCCAAGAAAUCGGGCAUCACUCUCGAAGAUAAACCCACCAUAGAUGACGAGUACACACCAGCUGUUUUUAAAACCUACCAAGUUUUAUCAAAUGGAACAAGUCAAUCUGACAGAGGUAGCUUUAUGCAGUGGAAACCUAUUGCGUACACCAGUGCUGACCGAAAUACAGAAGCUUCAAGCCCCAUCAAAACCUAUGCAGUAAAUUUCACCAAUCACUAUAUGAGCAGUUACAGCAUAGCACAUGCUUAUUUUGGUAACUUGUCUGACUACGAUUUAGGCAGCUUUAACAUAUCGUUCGGUAUUGGCAAAGAUGGUUUUUACAAUGCCACUAAAUAUUAUGCAUGGAACAGUGUGACGGGAUACGGGACCCCACCUAGCGACGGUCUCUCGAUCCUCAUCAUCUCCAUCAUCUCGGUGGGGCUUGGCAUCCCUGUUAUUCUCAUUAUUUUCGGAGGAGUCAUCGUCGCAUGCCAGAAGAGGAUAGCCCUCAGGAAAGCAAACUCCUUGACCAAGUAUACCUCAAUAAAUGGAUGAAAGUCUGUCCUUGUGUGUGCACAUUAAAGGGGCUUUCUUUUUUUAAUUAUUAUUUAGAGCACAGUGAGUGUGUGGUAUGUUGAGUGACAAGGUCUAAUCUUGGGGAAUAUGGCAAUCUUUUCAACUAAGGAGAAUUACAACUUCAGUGAAAGAGCUUCAAGAUAAAUGAAAUUUGGAGAAGCAAUGGGCAAAGAAUGAUAAAUUUUAGAAAUAUGGAAAUCACUAUUGCGGUUGAGACCCUCCCAUUGGCAAUGCGACCAAGAUUUAUGAUGUCACACAAGUACAAUUCUCUCCUUUGUACGCUUAAAAUAUUCCCCAAAACAUUAUAAAAAAAAAUCUCAUUCUUUUCUUAUGAUAGUAAACACUAAUUGUCUGUGAUGUUUUUUAUGAAACAUUCUUUUUCGUCCUCCCAUGAAAAAAAAUAGCAUAUGAUCUAUGGAUAGACUUAAUAAAAGUGAGAAAGUUAUACCACAAUUUCAGACCAGUGUUUGAAUGUAGCUUGAAUAGAGCAAAUGGGCUGUUAAGUUUUAGUGAUCUAAGGCUGUGUUUAUGCUUCCACUUUUUAGGCCAGAAUCAGCGUUUCCAAACGUGAUUAGUCCAAAACACGGUUGCGUCCA